GUGUGCUAGAAAGAUGAGAAGUUGUUAGUUGUUGUUUCGGGCCGUUUCUGCUGUGAUCGUUAUUUUCACGUCAUGCAUUAGUCCAUGAAUUGAGCCGAGCCGUGUGGACAAGCAGACGACGGACGCAGAAGAGGAGAGACCUUCAACUGUAGUCGUUUUCAUGCGUGUUUCCGACGCGUUUUCGUGACGAAUAUUCAAAGUGAAAGCAAAGGACAGCAUGACACGAGACUCGCUAGCCGUUGACGAGGUUCCGGAGAAAAGGCAGCUUGUGGAGCACAAUUCAAUAUUUUCAAAACUCAGAAACUGGGUUUUGAGCUGGUUCCAGUGGACUCCAAUGUCGCUGUCAGCCCUUAGAACUGCAGAAAAGAAGAUCCUGUCAUGUCUGAAAACGGCAUAUCGAGGGUGGUAUGUAGAUAUUGGACCGGCUGUUGGGGCUUCUGACAAAAUAUGGACCAUCUCCUUGAAUGAAGAUUCGCCUAAAACUCCCAUCUUACUUCUGCAUGGCCUAGGAGCUGGAGUGGCACUGUGGUGCCUUAAUCUGGACCAUAUAGCAGCUUCUAGGCCAGUGUAUGCUAUUGAUCUACUAGGUUUUGGCCGCAGUUCUCGACCUAAAUUUAGUUCUGAUCCUUUGGAGGCAGAAGGACAGUUGGUUAAGUCGGUUGAAGAAUGGCGCAAGGAAAUGCAACUGGAGAAAAUGGUUGUAUUGGGGCACAGUAUGGGUGGCUUUUUGGCUGCUUCUUAUGCCAUUAAGUACCCCGACAGAGUGAGUCAUCUUAUUCUGGCUGAUCCAUGGGGCUUCCCAGAGUGUCCCAAAGAAUACAAAAGCAAUGUGCCAACCUUGUACAGAGUGAUUGGCUCUGUAUUGACCCGAAUGAAUCCACUUUGGGCAGUGCGAUUUGCAGGACCCUUUGGACAAAGCCUUAUUGAAAAAGUUCGACCAGAUAUCAUGAAGAAAUUUUCUUCUGUAUUGGAUGACAAAGAUGGUCAAAGUAUUAUUUCUCAAUACAUUUUCCAGUGCAAUGCUCAAACUCCUACUGGAGAAAGCGCAUUUCAUGCCAUGAUGGUUGGCUUUGGAUGGGCUAAACAUCCAAUGGUUCACAGAAUUCAUGAGUUGCGAGCUGAUGUACCAAUGACACUUGUGUAUGGAUCACGCUCAUGGGUUGACAACACUAACAGCCAUAUUAUCAAGGAAAAGAGGCCCAAUUCAUUUGUCAAUGUGCAGAUAAUUUCUGGAGCUGGACACCAUGUGUAUGCAGACAAAAGUGAUGUUUUUAAUAAUCAUGUAGAAAGAGCGUGUCAAAUGGCAGAUGAUCCUUCAAUCAUGCUGUCCAAAGCAGCCCUUGAGGAGAAGGAAUCUACUGAGAGUCAGCCUAGCAAGGAGCCAAGUGAAAAAAAAGAUGAUUAAUACCGACCUAAUCUAUCUUAAAAUAUGAAUACAUCAGGAAGGUCUCUUCUUAUGUAUUCUGUAAAGAAAGGUUGUGAUAUUUCUGUUUAACUUCUGUGAUGUGACAAUUGUCAGUUAAACGUUAAGAUAAAUUCAUUAUAUACUGAAGAGUUAAUGCAUCAUCAAUUUCAGAUGACAGUCAGUUGACAGUGCCCCUGGUGUUUAUAGUGAAUACCUCUGGCAAUAGUUUUUGAUCAAUUUUAUGUUCCUAGAAACAGGGAGGUGAAGACCAGGUUGCCAAACUUGGUUUUCACUGUAUAUUAUUAUGCUUAAUAAUUUCUACGAUCUAUGCCUAUAUCCUGUCAUUUAAUGCACACUGUUAUCAACUUUGAAACUGCUGGUGUUCAUGAUCACAAUACUUUUCUUUGAUGUCUUCAAAGGUAAGGUUUAUUGUUGUCUGGUGAUGAACUUUAAAUGCAGAAGAAUAUUUCAUCACCCAUUUGUUAAAGUUGUAUUUUUUUGAUGUUGAUUUUAAUAAUUUAAACUAUCUACUUAAGACCCUUCUUGUUCAAUGUGCUCACUUUUUGUGUUGCCUGAGCUUUAUUAACAGUCUGCCCCAUUUCCUUAAACAAUGUUCCUUAAUAGUAUUUCUCAUCAUUUUCAAUUUAUUCUAAGAAGGUAUUCGACAGAUUUGUGAUUGGGUCACACUAUCUGUGAAUUGGCUUAGUAUAUAUUUGGGAAUCAUAGUGGAGAGCUAAUAAUAUCUAUGCACUGUGAUAUAAACCAUGAAUAUAUUGUCGUUAUUUUGCAUAUAAAUAGGUAAAUUAUAAAAAAAAUCUUGUUAAUUGUUAAUUAUAGGGCUGUUCUCUUGUCUGUAUUCCAAGGAAACUCAAAGAAAAUCACGAGUCCCUAGUACUUUUACUUCACCAUGUUCCACAUUCUUUGACUAUGUGACAACAGACUCCAUUAGUCAUAAGUAUUUUAUUACAGUUGACUUGUUAUGUGACGAGUAGGUCUAACUGUUGCUGGUCUGUCAAUGCAUUGCUUCAAAGGAAGUUCAGGUUGGGGCCAAGUCACUUUUGCUGGGCAAUUAAAAUUUUGCAGCUUGUAUGUGCUUUAGUACAGGGUCCAGAGCUUAUAUUGCCAUCUGUGUUAAGUCCUUGUUACCACUUACUAUAAACUUUUUUUUUUGUCCUCUUUGUGUAUGUGCACCGUUAUUGUUUUAUAUUAAAGAAAAUGCAAAUCAAA